UUGGCACCGAACGGUCUGCGAAAAUGAGCGAAUUUUCCGCCCGCACUUCCGCUUCCUGCUCUUCCUCUUCCCGCAGCGCAGCUACUUGUUAUUAUUGUUUUUGCUGUUAAAUCAAAGUGAUACAACAAUUGUUGAUUAAAAGUGGCCAAGUGAACAGCUAAAAAUCUAAGUGGCAAAAACACAGGAAAAAUCAGCUGGAAGGUUGGGGAAUGAAUCAGGAUUGGUAGACCCACUCGGAUGGCACUCGCGUGGCCAUGAUGAGCUUCACCAUUACGUUGGCGCUGCUGCUCCUGGCGGUCCUGAUCCUGGGCGUCCUCUUCGCCUGUCACUGCCUCGGUCCGAGGGCCGCCAACUGGAUGCGGAUGCGGUCCAGCAAGGAGGAGAAGAUCGGACUCUCGAACCACAAGCAGAAGCUCUUCCACGCCAACGGCUACAUGGCCAGUAUCCAAUCGGGCUCGGAGUUCCUGCUGAGCACGAGUGGCAGCUUCAAGCGCUUCGACACGAUCGACAGGGAGGACUACCACCGAUCGCAGCAGACGACCCACAUGAUCCUGAUGAACGGAUCCCUGGCCGGAUCCUCCGGCGCCCUCGAGGCGGCCACGCCCAUUUGGAACCUACCCCCGGCGGAUGUGGGCAUUCCACCGCAGCCACUUCGACCGGCGCCAGCUCCGAAUGGCAAAACGGUGACCUUCUCCUUCAGCCAGGUGAACGAGGUCACCGAGGUCAGCGAGGUCAGCGAGGUCAACGAGGUCAACGAGAUGACCCCGAACGGCGAUCACGAGCGUCGCUCCUGUCUGCGAAUGAACGGAUCUGCAGUGGGUGUGCUGCCACAGCCACUGGAGGCACCGCCUCCUCCAAGGCUGACCACUUCCGCAUCGGUGAAUCUCACGGGAACGGCGAUUCCGCGCCCGAUCGCCAAGCGACAGGUUUCCCUGCAGCAGGUUGGCCAGGACAAGCCACUGGUGACCCCAGCGGUGGAAAUUGAGCGAAAAGCACCUGCUCUGAAGCGCAGAAACUCCAGCACAAAUCCCUUCCUCUGCGAAUCCACCGAACAGAUGCCGCCGAGCAAUCCCAUCGGAGAUCCCCUAAAUGCCACAAUGGUGUCCCUGGAAAGUACCACGAUUUCUGCUGGGGAAGGCAGUCCUGUGAAAUUGGUUCUUCCCCCCAGGGAAGCCACUCCGCACAAUGGCAAUCCCUUUGUGGAGAGCCAAAGCCUCUCCAGUCGACUGAUGAAGCUGCACAACAGCACCACGAAUCCCUUCACAGGAUUAACGCAACGGGUCAAGGGACCUCAUCUGCUGCAGAAGACCAUCUCCGAGGAUUAUCUGUUCAGGAAAUUGGGUGUGAACAAUGGUUCGAUGGCCAAUGGAAAUGGCGGUGCUGCUCAGGCGAACGGAAAUGGCAAUGGAACUUGGUCCUUUGGCAGAUCCCUGCUGCGACAGGACUCCACUUUGAGUUUGGGAAUGGGAUUGGGUCGCCGGAACAGCUCACAGAUUUCACUUGACUCCGGAUCGGGUUCGGUGGCGGGUUCCCUGGAGGGAAUCAACCUGGAAAGAGCCAUUUCCUGCGAUUCGGUCACCUCGGACUCGACGCUCUUCCUGGAUCAACUGGACCAGCCAUACACCCAGAUCACUGGAUAUCUGUGCAUUGGAUUGCACUAUGACAAGAACAGCAUCAGCAACGAGGGCAUGGAGCUGACUGUCAGUGUGAUCGAGGCCAAGGGACUCAUUUGUCCCUUUAGUGUGGAGUCGUUGGACACGUUUGUGCGCAUCUAUCUAGUUCCCGAUCACCCAGGUGCCAUGCAAACGAAGGUGGUGAAGGCUGCACUGACGCCGAACUACAACGAGAGCUUCAACUUCUGGCUGCAGAAGCGGCAGGCGCGCCACUCGCUGUGGUUCCACCUGUACCACAACGGCCCCGCCCACACCUUGAUUGGGGAGGCGGAGAUGGAGAUCGGGGAGCAGCCACGGCCCAUCACCACGUGGAUCCCGCUCUCGGACUCCCGCAAGUGCAACGCCCGCUGGGGCGAGCUGAUGUUCUCGCUGAGCUACCUGCCCACCGCCGAGCGACUCACCAUCGUGGUGGUGAAGGCCAGGAACCUCAAGCUGGACGCCGAUCAGCCUCCGCCGGACUCGGCCGACUCCGUGCACAGCGUCUUCGUCAAGGUCUACCUGAUGGACAACGAUCGCAAGGUGCUGAAGAAGCGCACCUCGCUGAAGCGCAAGGACCGCAGUCCCAUUUUCAACGAGUCGAUGAUCUUCAGCGUACCGCCGCCCAGUCUGACGACCGCCCAGCUGCGGGUAACGGUAUUCGGGGUGACCGCCAGCGGGGGGGUGAUGCCGCUGGGCCACAUCGUGGCCGGCAGCUGUGCGGUGGGGAAGGGGCUGCGCCACUGGCACCAGAUGCUCUCCUCGCUCCGCAAACCGGUGGCCAUGUGGCACGUCCUCCGCCGGGCGGUCAAUCAGCCAAUUUUCACGGGCGGCGCCGAGGCGGUCGUGGCCGCCAUGCAAAACACUCUGCGCCGCUCGAGCGCCAAGCGGAACAGCAUUGUCUAGACUCUAGUUACCACAAUCUAGACUCUAAACUCCGAAAUCCAAAGAUCACAGGCGGCAAUCCUGCAACUUGCCACUGGCAACGGAGAGAGAUUUUCCCCCUCGUUGGCAGCAAAUUUACCGCCUUUUAAGUUCGAAAAAGAAAACCCUUUCGAAUGGAGAUAAAAUGAGAGAAAAAAGGACGGAAGGAGGACGAAUUGGAGUAGGGAAAACCUUGUGGAAAAUUGCAUUUACCACACUUUAGCCAUGAGACUUUCUACUUUUCUACUGCUUGCCACAAACCGAAAGUAUUUAUCAAAGAGCCGUGUAAUCUAAAAACCCGCACCAAAGGACAAACGAGCCUAUUAACUAGUUAUAUACUAUAUACUAUAUACUAUAUACUAUAUACUAUAUACUAUAUACUAUAUACU